AUGGUAUUUGUAUUGGGAUGCGAUUUUCUAUCGUUUGCUCUGUAUACUCUAAUCUUUUUCUCUCUCUCUUUCCCUAUCUAUCUAUCUAUCUAUCUAUCUAUCUAUCUAUCUAUCUAUCACAGUCUCUUCAAUUCUUUCUUUCUUUCUAUCUAUCACUGUCUCUUCAAAUCUAACUAUCUAUCUAUCGAUUACUGUCUCUUCAAAUCUAUCACUGUCUCUUCAAAUCUAUCACUGUCUCUUCAAAUCUAUCUAUCUAUCUAUCUAUCUAUCUAUCUAUCUAUCUAUCACUGUCUCUUCAAAUCUAUCUAUCUAUCUAUCUAUCUAUCUAUCUAUCUAUCUAUCACUGUCUCUUCAAAUCUAUUUAUCUAUCUAUCUAUCUAUCUAUCUAUCUAUCACAAUCUCUUCAAUUCUUUCUUUCUAUCUAUCUAUCUAUCACAGUCUCUUCAAAUCUAUCUAUCUAUCACUGUCUCUUCAAAUCUAUCUAUCUAUCUAUCUAUCUAUCUAUCUAUCUAUCUAUCUAUCACAAUCUCUUCAAUUCUUUCUUUCUAUCUAUCUAUCUAUCACAGUCUCUUCAAAUCUAUCUAUCUAUCUAUCUAUCUAUCUAUCUAUCUAUCUAUCUAUCUAUCACUGUCUCUUCAAAUCUAUCUAUCUAUCUAUCUAUCUAUCUAUCUAUCUAUCUAUCUAUCUAUCUAUCUAUCACAGUCUCUUCAAUUCUUUCUUUCUUUCUUUCUUUCUUUCUUUUCUUUCUAUCUAUCUAUCUAUCUAUCUAUCACAGUCUCUUCAGAUAUGUCUGUCUGCCGAUCUAUCUAUCUGAUAUGGUUUGCAAAAUAUUUUCGUAAUUUUUUUCUUGAUUUUCUCAUUUGCCUUUUUCUAUCUUUUUUUUCUCUCCCUCCGUUCAUUGUAACGCUUCCCCCCACCCGCGCCACAGGAACUUUUCUUUUCUCUAUGAAAAUAGGAACCGGUUCUUUCAUAGUUAACGGUUCACGCGAUCCUUUGUUAACCCAUUAUACCGCAUCACUGAUUAUAUAUAUCUAUAUCUAUCUAUCUAUCUAUCUAUUUCUUUCAACGUUGCUUAGGUUCUUUUUGUCUCUAUCAUUUCUCAGUUUAUUUAGUCAUUCCUCUUUUUCUUUUUCUCUAGUAUAUAUUAUUCUCUCGUUUCUUCUCGUCAUCGUAGCUACAUUCUUUCUUUCUUCUGUUCUCAUUGCUUUUUUAUUUCUCUGUAAUUAUCUAUGGUUAUAUUACACAAAAACUUUUAUUAAUCCGCUCAAACAACAUAAUGAUUUGUUAAAUUGGGUCGGAACAUUUUUUUUUUUGUUUAUCUAUCUAUCUAUCUAUCUAUCUAUCUAUCUAUCUAUCUAUCUAUCUAUGUUUUGUCUAUCUAUUUGUCUCUCUCCUGUUCAUAUCUAUCUAUCUAUCUAUCUAUCUAUCUAUCUAUCUAUGUUUUUUCUAUCUAUUUGUCUCUCUGUAUGCCUGGGUAUCUAUCUAUCUAUCUAUCUAUCUAUCUAUCUAUCUAUCUAUCUAUCUAUCUAUCUAUCUAUCUAUUAG